UCUAGACUAUUCCUUUGUGGCAGUGUUGGCAGUGAGAAACUAACAUUGGCAUGGCUGUUGCUAAAUUCUGGGUUUUUGCCACGGAGAAUCUUGAAAGUUAUGCUUCGAGUUGUUUGGCUUCUGAAAACGAUUUUUUUUUCAUUCACUGUAUAGGUUGUCUUGCGAACCCAGUCCUCAAUACCAUCUGUUUCCCCCGUCUCUGACUCUCGACAACUGGCACCUGCUGCUGCUUCCUUCUGACGCUAGCCUCUCGUUCUUCCUAUAUUGGAGCUCAGAUAGAUAGCUGAGUCAAUUACAGAAAGGGUGCGAUUGCUGAAUACAAACACGAGUUGAGUUAUAAUAUUCUGUUAUUUUCUAAAAUUGGCAAAAGUAACUACGAGAUGGAGGAUUGGGAGGAUGAGCAUAUUCCACCUCUUAAUUUGAUCAAGCAACCUAGAAGUAAAUGGGAUGAUGAAGACGUGGAUGAAAAUGAUGUGAAGGAAUCUUGGGAGGAUGAAGAUGAACCUGCUCCGGCACCUGCACCACCUGCAGAGAAACCUACGGAAAAGGCUCCAAAAGAACCUUCUGAUAAAAGCACUGACAAGACGGGGAAGAAAGUAUUAUUAGAAAGUGAAGAAACCAUUGGAUCUCUGGCUGAAAAACUUCGUCAACAAAGAUUGGUCGAGGAAGCAGAUUACAGGACCACCAAAGAAUUGUUUGGCGGUAGAAGUGAUGAAAAGAACCUCGAUAAUUUUAUUCCCAAAUCUGAGAGUGAUUUCUUGGAAUAUGCAGAGCUUAUCUCCCAAAAGAUUCGUCCUUUUGAGAAAAGCUACCAUUACAUGAAUUUACUGAAGUCAGUGAUGAGAUUAUCAGUGGCAUCUUUAAAAGGAUCAGAUGCCAAAGAGAUUGCAUCAUCUGUCACUGCCAUUGCAAAUGAGAAGUUAAAAGCAGAAAAAGAAGCAAAUGCUAGUAAAAAGAAGACAGGUGGGAAGAAAAAGCAGCUCCAUCUUGACAAACCUGAUGAGGAUUUGGUUUCUGAUCCGUAUAGUGCUCUGGAUGAUUAUGAUGAGUUCAUGUAAAAGUUUUGGUUCAGUUCCAUUAAGAUUCGGUUAUCGGAUUUUCACUGUGUAAAAUUGCUAGUUGGGACAAGGCCUUCGGUAUAUACCCUAGUGAAAAAAAAAAAAAUGAUGAGUGCUAUAGUUGAAUAAUAUCUUUCAGGAGAGCACAAGUUCUUCUAUAUAAUAUCGUCAGUUUUGUCACUAUUGGAUUGGUAGUUUGUUGGCUGCUAUGCUUCAUAUUAAAUUCUCACCUCAUGAACAUGGUAAUUCAUACAACUCCUUUUCGAGUACAUCCAUUUUUAUUGGAUUGUAACAUUGAAAUUGUUA